UUAAAAAUUUUAUUUUUCAAAGAUUUUAUAAUUUUAAUUUUUUUUUAAAAAAUAAAAGAUCAAAAAAAAUGGUAAGAUAUUCUUAUUCCACCAAACAAACGACUCUAUUCUUGGUAGCUACGCUCAUAAUGUUAUCCAACCUUGAGGUAUCCCACGGGCAAUUCUUCGUGAAUAUGGAUAAGGUCUUGCCCCGUUUAGGCCGCCGUGUAGAUCCAGAACAGGCCCUAAGGCAGCUUAAAUUUUUCAAGAACCCUAGCGUUCCCGGAAUUUCUAGAAGUUCUGACUACGACGAAAUAUCUGGUUACUCACUUUCAAAUAUUCGUCCAGGGUCGUCGGCUCAAGGAUUUAAGAUACCUUCCUCGUGGAAACCAAUCGGCGUUUAUAAGAAACCGAAAGAGGGACAAAUGGGAGGCAAAUAUAUAACACUGAUGGAAUUCCUAAAGACUGAUAUGUCGAAGAGCGUUCCAAUUCCGAAAAGAUUAGCCUUAUUCAGUGUCCUGGAUAGUAACGAAGAUGGAGUUCUGGAUUCUUCGGAAUAUAUACCUUAUUAAUGACCAAUGAAAGAACACGUGACUACAAACUACUAAAUAUUGUUCAAAUCUAUUCCAUCUUAUAUAUAUGUCUUAUUGGGAUAUUCUCAACUAAUAAAUAAAAAAAUUUUUUAAAUCAUUUUACUGAGGGGCCAUUAAAAUUUGCUAAAAAAAAAUCUGAUGUGACCAGAAAUGUAAUUCAGCAUAACUGCAAUUUUUUUUUAUUAUUCUUUAUUUUAAAUAAAUUUAAAAAAGUCCUUUAAGAGUUCGCGGCAAAAUUGUAUACAUUUCCGGUUAAAAUCAUAUUUUUAAAAUUUAAAAUGGAGGAAUUCUGAAUACACAUGGCAUUCCAUCAUCCCAAUUGUGACGUCAUUAUAAUAUUAAUAUUAGAAUUAUAUAUUUUGUUAAAAUCGGUUUCUCUGUAAAUGCUAUAUAUUUUUUUUAACUCUUGCCUUUCAUUAAUAAAAUUUUUUUUUAUAUUAUACCGAUUUACAAAUGUUCAAACAAGA